AAGAUUGGCUGAUUGCACCGUUACUCAUCCUCCCCCAUCGUCGACCAACAUGGCUCCGACGAAAGGUCCUGAUCGCAACCCGAGUGGUCUCGGACGCGCCAUCAUCAACAAGAAGGCUAAAGAUGCUAAACGCAUGCAGGAGACUGGCCUGUACACGACGGACCUGGACUCGACCUCGAAGCUGAAGUCUAUCACCCAAGAGAAGGAUCUUGACGCUUUCCUGAACACCGCCGAACUCGCUGGUACCGAGUUCACCGCAGAGAAGCGCAAUGUCAAGAUUAUCCAGCAAGCGUCUACCUCCCAAAAUCCCUACCUACUGAGCGAGCAAGAAGAGAAGGAAGCGGUCCAAAGACAAGAUGCUAACCGCAAGCGUCUGCGAGUCCCCCGCCGCCCACCCUGGAAAAAGUUCAUGACUACCGCUCAACUGGAUAGGCAGGAGAAGACUGCAUUUCUGGAAUGGAGGCGAGGCGUUGCUGAUUUGCAAGAUCGGGACCAGUUUCUCCUUACCCCCUUUGAGCGGAAUAUCGAAGUUUGGAGGCAACUCUGGCGUGUAAUCGAGCGCUCGCACCUGGUGGUGCAGAUCGUCGACGCGCGCAACCCACUGCGCUUCCGCUGUGAGGAUCUCGAGGAUUACGUGCGCGAUGUCGAGGGGAGUGAAGGGGAAGCGGGUUCUGGGCCUGGCAAACGGAAAAGCUUGCUGCUCAUCAACAAGUCCGAUCUCUUGACUGCGACUCAGCGGAGGGAGUGGGCGGACUACUUUGACAAGCAGGGCAUCCAGUAUGCGUUCUUCUCGGCUGCCAAUGCGACGGCGCUGCAGGAGGCACGUGCGGCUGCGGCUGCUGCAGCGGAGGAGGCUGCGCGGAAGGAGGAGGGCAGAGAGGACGAGGAUGAGGAGAUGCUGUCGGAUGAUGAGGGCUUCGAGUCGGCGUCGGAGUCGUCAGAAUCCGAUGACGAGCAUUACUUCUCCGCAGAGGAAGACACGGCCGAUGGUCAGGAUCCUAGGGCGCGCGUGCUGUCUGUGCUCGAGUUGGAGGACCUAUUCAUGAAAUGUGCGCCUCCCCUAUCAGACUUCAAAGACCUCGCAGGCAACACCCCCACUCGUCUGACCGUCGGUCUCGUCGGUUAUCCCAACGUCGGCAAGUCCAGCACCAUCAACUCCUUGCUUGGCGAAAAGAAGGUCAGCGUGUCGGCGACACCGGGAAAGACGAAGCACUUCCAGACGAUCAACCUUUCUGAGAACAUCAUGCUCUGCGAUUGUCCGGGUCUCGUCUUCCCGCAGUUCGCGACAACCAAGGCUGACCUUGUCUGCGACGGUGUGCUGCCCAUUGACCAGCUGCGCGAGCAUACUGGCCCGAUGACGCUGGUGGUGAAGCGCGUUCCGAAGGAGGUUCUGGAGGCGGUGUACGGUUUGCAACUGGAUGUUCUCGAUAAUCAGAACGGAGGCGACGGGAAUCUCACUGCGGAGACGCUGCUGAAGGCCUACGCUAUCGCUCGUGGCUUCAUGCGUUCUGGUCAAGGCAACCCGGACGAGGCGCGCGCCGCCCGCUAUAUCCUCAAGGACUACGUGACCGCCAAGCUCUUGUACUGCCACCCGCCGCCAGGUGUCUCCGAGGCCGCCUACAACGAGCAGUCCAAGCUCCUCGCCCUCCGCCGCUCCGCGGGCAAGAAGCGCGCCCCCACCACCCGCGUUGGCAAAAACGCGGACACCUUCGUGGCCAUGAACAACCCCGCGACCCCCGGCGCGCCCGUUGGCCCUCAGAAUUUGGACGACGACUUCUUUAACCAGCAGGCCAUGGCGGCGCGGCCCUCAGUGGCCGGCAAGGGCACGACUGGCUUCUCGCGCAACCGGGUGUACCCACACCAGAACAUGGUCGCGGACGAUGGCACGCCCUUGACUGGCCGUCGCGCGCGUAUUGCGUCUGUGUUGGCGGCGAAUGGGGGCGACCUGCCGACGGGCAAGAAGCAGCACAAGAAGCCGAGGAGGCAAAAGCAGCGGAGUGGGAAGGGGUAUGACUAGAUUUGUGGCAAGUCCAUCGUGAAGGCCCUGUAUGUGUGUACACUAGGUAGUCUAUCGUGCUGUUGUACUGUAUGUAGAUCACUGCGUCCUCGGACAUUCUGAACCUGUCUAGCGAAGACCUCAAACGAGCCGCAAUGAGGAUAAAGAUGGAAAUUCAGCAUUACAAAGUUCCAAGAAGUGGCGAAGGAUAGGGUACGGUGGAAUAGAUACAACAAGAUAAGAAGGUAGAUGCAAGUGUGUGUCGUAGUGAUGCAGAACUACAGUUCAAUGGCGCCGGCCUGCGCUGCCUUCGCAAGCUCAGCCUUCUUCUGCUUCUUUAGGAUCGAGCGUAAGCUGUUGACUACGGCGGCCUUGCCCGCUACCGCAUCUAGUCGCUGUAUCUCCUGUGAGAC